AUGUACCCGUCGCCUCCCGCGUCUCCUACCCAAAAUGGAUUCUGUGCGCCGGAAGAUCGACUAGGUCAAGUCCUUGCUGGCAGGCUUCAGCUUACUAGUAUCCUUGGAGUUGGAGCUUAUGGAGUUGUGUACACUGCCGUGGACAUUCAGACCAAUAUUCCCUAUGCCGUAAAGGCGCUUAAUAAGAUCGGUCUUGAGCCUCGUCAGCGCAAGUUCCAGCAGCGAGAGAUUCAGCUUCACCACCAGGCUAGCGCACACCCUAACGUUGUUUCUCUGGUCAAAAUUAUGGACGCUCCUGACUGCACCUACGUUGUCAUUGAGUACUGCCCGGAAGGUGAUCUUUUUUCAAAUAUCACUGAGCAGGGCAAGUUCGUUGGUAACGAUGACUGGGCUAAGCGUGCUUUCCUCCAAAUCCUGGACGCUGUUGAAUACUGCCACUCUAUUGGAAUCUACCACAGGGAUUUGAAGCCGGAGAAUGUCUUGGUCACCGACCAGGGCAUGACCUGCAAGCUUGCUGACUUCGGACUGGCCACUACUGAUCACGUUACCUCUGAUUUUGGAUGCGGCUCUACCUUCUACAUGUCUCCUGAAUGUCAAACAGCAGCACCUAAGGCAUACUCUUGUUACGCCUCGGGACCCAAUGAUAUCUGGAGCCUUGGAGUCAUCCUUGUUAACCUUACUUGCGGACGCAAUCCCUGGAAGCGAGCUUCUUCCGAGGAUAGCACCUUCCGCGCUUUCAUGAAGGAUCCCAAGUUCCUUAGGACCAUCCUUCCUAUUUCUUUGGAGCUUGACACCAUUUUGAGGAGAAUCUUCGACUUCAACCCUGCUAAGAGAGCCACUAUUCCGGAGAUCAGGCAGAUGAUCCUCAACUGCUCCGCCUUCACGGCUACAAAGUCCGCAGUUUCGACCCCACUGCCCUCUCCUCCUCUCAGCCCGUACUACGAAUGCUACCAAGCUCCUGCCGUUCCUUCUAUGGCUCCUCUGCCAGGCGCGGUCUAUGCCCCAACUUUUUACCCUCAGCACUCCACUUCGUCCGGCAGCUCAAACUCGGAUAACGAUUCUGUAUUCUCGGCGUGUUCAUCAGCCUCGUCUUCGUCUUCAACGUCUUCCUACCAGAACAUGUACCCUGCAUCGGCCCAGAAGUUUUCUUCUCGAGUUCCCCAGCAACAAUACGUUUCCCCUCCUGCUCCCACCAAUACUUGGUUCCAACCGUUCAUCCACGCCGCCAAUCUAGUCAAGCAUGUAUCUUUUCAGCCAUCGAUGAUGCCUGCACCGGUUCACAUGCACUAG